GUUCUACACAACAGUUUCUUUGAACGCUCGCAAAGAAGUCGAUGCUAGCUGCAUUUUUUCAAAAAAUGUUACCAAUAUUGCUUUUAAUUAGCACUAUACUUACACACACUUCCGCUCAAAUACGUAUCGUUAAUGGUAGAGAAGGACGCAUCGAAGAUUUUCCAUAUCAAGUUUCAUUGCGCCGUUAUUCAAUACAUGUUUGCGGUGGUGCGGUCAUAGAUGCACAAUGGAUAGUUACGGCCGCUCAUUGCAUAGAAUCCUAUCAGAAACAACCGAGAGUAUACUCCAUACGCAUCAAUAGCUCAAAUCGGGUUAAAGGCGGUGCAGUUGUGUCGAUAUCGAAGAUAUUUAAACAUCCUUUGUACAAUAGUGAGACGAUGAACUUUGAUGUGGCGCUGAUACGCACAGAAAAAAAUCGUUUGCGUGGCGAAUUUGUACAACCUAUAAAAUUACCUACGGAAAAUACACCUAUUAUGGAUAAUACGGAAGCGGUCGUAAGUGGUUGGGGACAUAUGAGUUCGUCGGAACAUGUUUUAUCGGAACUUUUAAAGUAUACAACUGUUAAAGUAGUGAACCAACAAAGGUGUUUUGAUUUAAUGAAAACACAAGGAGUCGUCACCGAAGCUAUGUUUUGUGCUGCUGGUAGAAACACCGACGCUUGUCAAGGGGACAGCGGCGGUCCAAUACAAAGUGGUAACGUAUUGAUCGGAGUAGUGAGUUGGGGAGUUGGCUGCGCAGAUCCCCACUACCCAGGCAUUUAUACACGUUUGUCUUAUCCUACUGUACGUAUUUGGAUUAAGUUGCUGACUGGACUUUGAUUACUCUUUUUAUUUUAUGAUAAACUUAAAUAAUAAUUAUGAUAAAAUAAAAUUGUUUUAUAAUAAAGAUUGAAAGAUGAUAAAUUUAUAAA